AAUACUAGUUGAAAGUCGUGUAAUUUAGGCGAAAAGCAUGUUAUCAGAAGGCAUGUGUAGCGACAUAACUAUGAAACAUCAAUUUAACUUACAAACUGGUUGUUUCUAGCAUGUUCAAGACAGAUGGCAAAUGGAUUUUUUUAUUGGUAGCAUGUAUAAGCAUUGCUUCUGCUUGGCGUGGUGUGAAAGAUCCAUGGCCUGAAGAUGAUGAUUUUGGAAUGGAAAUGAUUCACGAUGCAAGAGAAGAUGCUAUCCGAAGAUGCCAAGAAAACUGCAAAAGGGAGGUAUCGCGAAAACAUGGAAGCAAUUGGGCGGUAUUUUACUAUUCACGGAAGUGUAGUUGUGGCUCAGGAUCCACAGACUCUGACCCUCGGUCUUUCAACCACGACACAGUAUAUGUUCAUGAGGAAAAGCGGGAAGAAUCAUACGCUUAUGAUUCUCCAGGGCCAGUAACAAGGCGAAGAAUAUGCAGAAGACGAGCAGACAGACUUAGGCCUUGUAAACAUCCUUCUGCAGGUGCACGGUGGGAGAGGCAUACCUCUAGAAGAAGGUAUUAUGCUCGAAGGAGGUACUAUUCGCGAAGAAGGAGCCCUGCACGUCGAAGGGCACAUUAUUUUAAUUUGUGAUUUGUUUACUCUUUCUUUGACAUUCGCCUUUAACAAAGAAUCUCUCCAAGAGGUUGAAAUAAGAAGAGCUUUUAAACUGCUAGCAAGACUGCAUGCCCCUAAGAGAAGUUAUUUUUGUACGUUGGCAAGCUAAUUUAUGAUAAUUAAUGCAUACAAUUAUUGUCUUUGAUCGUCUUUACAACCAGGUUCAUGGGAAAAAAAUCCAACUGCUGCCAUGGGUUUUGUUAAGAGUAAUGGCAACAGAUUAUGACAACUGUUUAAAUAUAAAUAGCAAACGGUGUAGAUAUUUUUGUUUUUGACGUAAUUUAACUUGAGCAACUUCUCCCACCAGUCAACUCAAA